CGGGGACUGGGCAAGGCACUGUCGGUGACAUCACGGAGAGGGCGACUUCUAUGUAGAUGAGGCAGCGCAGAGGCUGCUGCUUCGCCACUUGCUGCUUCGCCAUGAAGGAGUUCCCGUGCGGUGGGAGCGGAUUCAGGACCGCUGAUCGGAAGAAUCUGCAGGAGUCUGAAGAGGAGGAAGCCCCCCAGGAGUCCUGGGAUGAAGGUGAUUGGACUCUCUCAAUUCCUCCUGACAUGUCUGCCUCAUACCAGUCUGACAGGAGCACCUUUCACUCAGUAGAGGAACAGCAAGUCGGCUUGGCUCUUGACAUAGGCAGAUUGGACAGAGGAAUGUUUCCAUGUGCAAGGAAGAACUGCUUCACGUAAGAGGCCCUGUCUGAAUUUAUUUGCAGGACAUUGGUGU